GUUUUGCUCUGGUAAAUGACGGGUCAACGCGUUAACGUAUAAGUUGUAGUGGCAAACUAAUGACGGGUAACGGGCCUAAGAAAAAUAUAUACAAUUUGCAAUAGUUUCUGUUUGCUAAUAUGUUUGUGAAAAAUACAUAGAAAAAUCAAUAAAUAAAUAAAAAACAAAUUAUUAAGCAUAGAGAGGGGUUAUAAAAAAAUUUUACGUUUUUUAAAGAAAAAGGAAGUGGAAAAAGUGUUGUAAAAGCGUUGGGGAAUGUUAUAAAAAUAAAUGUUUAACAAACAAACCAACCAACAGCAAAUAACAAAAAGAAAAGGCAAAAUAAAAAAAUCAAUAUAAAAACAAAUGCAAGUAAACUGGUUUCUCUCUCUCUUUUUUUCCUUCUACUACUCCACCGUGCGUUUCCCUUAAAGAAAGAGUGUGUGUGUUUGUUUUUGGUUGUUAAAAAAACCAAAACAAGUGAGAAAUUAAUUAAAAAUUACAAGAAAAUAAAUAAAUAAAAGAAAUUCUUGCACAAUUUCAUAUAAAUAAUACAAAUUUUUACCACUAAAUUAAGAAAAAUCAAAAUUUUCUCCAAAAAUAUAAGUGUAACACAAAACCUGCAUAAAAAAGUGUUUUUUUUUAAUGUAUAAUCAAAAUUUUGUAAAAAAAAUCAUAAAGAAAAUUGUAAAGUGCAAUAUUUAAAAGAAAAAAAAUCAUCAUUAUUACAAAAUCAAAUUGUUGAAAGAAAAAGCAAGAAAUUCAAAUAUUGGCCAAGGUUUUGAAAAUUAAAUAAAAGAAAAAUUCUAUCAAAAUAAUAUAUUAUUUCUGUGCAUUUAAAGAAAAAAAAUAAAAAUUAAUUCUUAAAAAAAUAUAAUCAAGUGUAAAUAUUAAACAAAAAUAGUUAAAGAAAUUUAUAAAAAUAAUAAUAAUUAUAACAAAACGUGAGCUGUAGUUAAAGGAUAAAAAUAAUCUAAUAAAUUAUUACCAAAUACUUAAAGAUUUAUAUCGAACGUGCUACGUUGCAGCAUGUCGACAACUUCGUCCAUUGAAACGCCAACUUCACCAACGGGUCCACUACAACAUCAGCCACUGCAACACAAUACAAAUCGUAGUAGUCAUCAACAUACAGCAUCGUCGCAUCAACACACUACGAGGGCUAUUGUAGUCAGCGCUGGCGCUGGUCCACAUAAUAAUCCCUAUACACAAACUACCACUACUACAGCGGCUGCAAACAGUAACGUUUCCCAACAGCUAAAUAAUAAACGUUCUCAUUCCACUUCCUCGUCAGCGAACGGGUCUUCCUGCCAUAACGGCGGCUCCUCGUCCUUUAAUCCCAUGGCCAAUAAUAUGAUUUCGCAUGCCAGUCACAAUCAGCAGCAACAACAUCAUCAGUAUAAUAAUCAAUCUUCUACUCAUUCACUUUUAACACCCUCAUCCUCGAACGCUUCGUCGCCCUCUGCAUCGGCUAGUGCUUCUACUGCUGCUGCUGUGGCCGUUCAUCAGCAGCCACAAUACUCCCACAAUAAUCAUUCAACUAAUUCAUAUUCAGCUCAGCAACAACAACAACAUCAUCAUCACAAUAGUUCUUCUACUUCGUCGGCUUCGUCCUCCUCAUUUUCCCAUCAAAAUCAUUCUUCAACACAUUCUCAUACACAAUAUCAACAACAACUACCACAUCAACAACAACAACAACAGCAUCAUAAUCAUCAUCACAAUCAUUUGCAAUUUGCAAGGCCAUCGACGUCAAUGUCAGCUCCUUGUACAGCCGCCACCUCUUCGUCGCAAAACAGCUCGUGCACACCAUGCAGCAUUAAACGUCAUACUACAGAUGUUUCUGUUUGCUCUUCAUCGUCCUCCUCUUGCUGUUCAUCGGCCUCAUCUAAUUCGGUCUCAGCUGCAGGUGGCGGCCAUAGUGCUGCUGGAGGAAGUGGAGGUGGUGGUGGUGGUGUUGGUGGCAGUGGCUCAGCAGGUGUAGGCCAAGGAAAUGCCCAUAUUGUUACUCCGGCCGUGAUUACGCAAAAAUCGCGUACUAUACCCUCGGACAAGGUAAGAUUUUUAAUCGUUUUUCUAGUUGUAAAUUUGGUAAGUUGUUUCUGAUACGUAAGGCUUGAAAAAUUCGGACUAAUUUUGAUACACUUUAUAAGAUAUA